UCGAACGUCCGGACUCAUUGUGGCCACACGCCCCCUGUUACCCCGACGCUAGGUGACACGCGGUUGAAUGUUAUCAUCACGUGAUAAACGUCACGUGGCUCUCGAUGUUCGAAAUUUGAACACUUUGACAGUUUCAGCAACGAUCCAUUGAGGCCGAUUGGCGAUUAUUAUCGUUAUAAUCGAUUUGUUUAGUCGACGCAAUGAAACUUUUUGGAAAGUGGAAAGUGUGGUUGAACUUUUUUUGUUUUAAAAAGUAGAUAGUAAUUACGUCGUGGACGCAUAAUAGAUUUGUUUGAACAUGUGUGGAGCGGUGCUCGUGCUCGUAUUCGCCUUCCUGUGCCUCCCGGGCCCUUCCUGCAGCAACUCAGAUAAUAUGGCUUUGCUGCUGGGAACAUUGAAGAUGAUGCAGAGAGCGACGUGCGAUGAUGAAAUAGUUUCCUUGGCGUGUCCAAGAGGAACCGCAAUUAGUAUACAAGUGGCACAAUACGGGAAAGCUUCGACCGGAGAGCACAAUUGCGCAGAAAAUCCGCGAUCUCAAAGUAUUUCGGUGGAAGUCGAUGGCGAAAAGGAUUGUCUAUGGCCCAACACAAUGCAGUACUCUUUACUGCAAAGGGUGGUGGAGGCGUGCCAAAAGAAGCCACAAUGCAAGUUCAGCACUAAGCCGAAAAUGGGUUUAGUGGAUCCUUGCCCCAGGACUAGGAAGUUUGUCGAAGUGGCCUACAAAUGCAGACCCUUUACAUUCCGCAGUAGGACCUGUUGUGAAGAUGACGUCAUCAAGUUGAGUUGUAACCCAUACUCGAGGAUAGCUAUCUUCGACGCGCAGUAUGGCCGUACCGCGUACGAAUCUAUCACCUGUCAACAAACGCAGGGAGUUCUAGAUGAAACGUGUUCAGCGCCCCAUGGAACUGAUACCGUUAUGCAGAUAUGUCAUGGUAAACGGCGCUGUCAAAUAGAAGCUAACAAUAGGACUUUUGGAGCGCCAUGCAAGUCACGGACAAGGACUUAUCUCAAAGUAGUUUACGCUUGUGUACCUUUAGGAGUCCUCACCGAGCGGUACGAGAGUGCAGCGGAGAGUGAUGAGGUACUGACCGGUAACAAAAAGUCGGAAGAUGAUGAUCAGAGUCUCUUUGAUGAUACAGAUGGAGCUAGCGAUAGAUGGGAAGAACCGAAUGCAAUAUCACCAGUGGUGAAUCCUGCUCUUCAGCCUCCCAAUGACGUAUUCGCUUCAACAACUACGCAAAAAAAUGAAGAUUCCUUGUUUAAGCCAACACGAAAGAGCACCAUAGACAAUAAUGCAGGUUCAUCUAGUAACAAGACGGCAUUAUUUAUAUAUGUGAGUGCAGGUAUUUUAAUUUUUAUAAUAAUAAUACUUCUAUUAGUGGCAGUUCGAUGUUAUCUAACACGCCGCUCCUCAGAAAAUUCAAAAACUGGUGAUAUGUUUACGACAGAAGCUCCAAACGUUUUUAAUGACACUGUUUCCGAUAUAGACAACGAUGUUGAUAUCAGCCAUAUUUCUGGAACGUUCUAUGAUCCUAUUCACCCUGAUAUGAUCCUUUAUAGAGAUAAUCCAGCAAAUAAAGGAACUCUUAGGGCAAUGAGACCACUUUCCACUAUAUACCCAUGUGCUGGAACAAGUAUGUAUGGGAAUGUUGACUACGUACCUUCGCAAGGACGGGAAUUAGGUACAAGCCGGUUCCGGAGUAAGGAUGACGAUCCAGAGGCUAUGAUGAGCCCUAAAAGUUUAGGUGCAUAUUCUAAUUCACAAUUUUAUUAUGGCUGACGGAGGGACGCAGGAGGCACCGAUGAUGCCUCCAGAACGUACUGUUUUUAGUGUUUUAAAAUCAUGUGCACUGUGAAUUGAACUUUGGAAGGCUUCUGAAGCCGAUAUUGAAAUCGAAUUGUGGUUGCGAUUGUCAAUAUUAAAUAAAUAGUAAUAAAAAAUUUAAAUUUAGAAAUGAAUCUAAUGUCCGAGUAUUUAAAAAUGAUAUUGCAUAACAAUUAUUUAAAAGAAUAAAUAAAUAGACACAUUUUUUGAUAUCAGACACUUUAAGACUUGCACAAAUUGUACAAAAUUAAUCGUUAAUUUGCACUGACAUUAAUAUAUUUCGUAAAAAGCUGUGAUUAUUGUAAUUAUUGUUAUUUAUUUAUUCUAUGUAUAAUAUUAUAAUAGUAAGCAUAAUUAAAUAAAAUUUGUCAAAAAUAAUAAAUUAUCGUCCAUUACAAAUAACAGUUAAGCCUCGAUCUGUAUUUUCUGUUUUAAAAAUGUUUAAAAUUGGGUGUUUUAUAUUAUUUUUCUACUACUUGUACUAGUAUUAGCUUGUUUUUUUUAUCAUGAUGUAAUAAUAUUCAAACUUUUUCAAUAUCAAAACAUAAAUAUAGAAAAAGCGUGAAGAUUUCUUUAAACACUACGAGUUGCGUCUCUUUUUUGUAUUUUUGUAAAGUUGCACUGUAAGAUGUUAAAUGUGUUAUAAGAGCUCAAUAAGAUUAUAAGCUGUUUGAACCGUGUAAUAUUAAACUUCAAUUUAGCAUUAAGAUAAUAUCAUCACGAACAAGAACUAUAACUUCUUCAAAGAGGGCCCGUAAAAUGAAGCAAAGGAAAAAAUAACCAACCUUUAUUGAAUAGUGCAAGGUUAAACUUCAAAGAGGACAGUAUAAUUUAAAUGUAAUUGGAUCAGAACGAGAUCAGCACGAUUGAAACUGGACUCGAGAUGCUAGUUCAAAUAUAUUGUAUUGCUGCUAGCGUUCCACCCAAUUGCAGUCUCUCUGUAUAGAUAAUUGCGAUUGUUCUAUGUACUAGGUUAAUGAACGUGUAUUUCAUUAAUCUAGUUCUAAUUAUAGUUUAUUCGCGUAGACUAACACUACCAGAAAUAAAUGUUACUUGCAUAUCUAAUAAUGAAAAUGUUUACAAUAUAAUUUUUAUUAGUUUAUAUCGACUUUAUUCAGAAUUGCUUAAUUCGAUUCGGAGUUUAUAUAAACUCUUAUUUAUGAGUACGUUUCCCAAUUUUGUAAUACGUGGUUACAAAAGCCAUGCGAAUGUUAUUCGAUCUCCUAUCGACUCCGAAAUUAAUCGCGUAAUAUAUCGAGCAUGAGAAAAGGCGAUAAGAAAUGUUGUAAUUCUUCAUGAUCCACAAUACUAGUUAAAAUAAUAAUUUCAAUGCAUUAUUAGCAAAGUUCAAUAGGAUUCUGUAAUUUUUUAUAUGAUAUUUUAAUAAAAAAAUGAGCAAUUUGUGUUUUAUUUCCACUCACCUGAUGCAUAACAAAUGGAUGGUCAUUACGUGCAACGAAGCGGGGUUUUUCCAUUUUUGUUGCCCGGUAAUGAUUGCGUGCUUGAUGUCAUUAUUCAUAAAAAUUAAGGGGAGAUUCGGUAGCUAUCAUUCAAGAAGCUAAAUAGGGAGCAGUUAUGUAUGACCAGACAGCGAUGUAAGCUUGAAAAACAACCAUAACAUUUAAUUAAUUGGAAAGAAUUUUUGUUUCUGCAAUCAAAGCGAAACACCGACUUAUGAUUUACGGUACAGAGAA